UGUUUAGUAGAUGUUUUUUCUUGGGUUGGCUGUGGACUUUUGGGUCUGACACUUCUGCAGUUGAUCUUGGAAGGGCUCCAGAGUGGCUGGAGGUUGUUGAUAAGUGGGACUGCAACUUUCUGUGAGCAGCAGGGCUGAGGGUGCCUCAGGCUUGAAACGAGGAGGAGAUAAAACUGCAAACUUCCUCCUGGCAGCUGGGGAAAACCAAGAAUGUUUGUUUUCAAAUGAGUUCUGCAGGAGUAACUUGGUUCAGGGCUAGCUGAGCCUCUGUUUGUGCUGAGAAAGGCACAAAUGUGCAAAUAAUGUCAGCAUGGGAGAGUUUGGGGAGUUCCUGCCCUGCUCAAAGCAGGGGCACUCAGGGGUUGCCACCCUUGGCCCUGGCUGCCUUCAGCUGUGCCAAACCUGGAAUGUCCCUUCCCUGAGUGGCAGGGAGAAAAAACAGGCUGGGAAGGAAACUCUGGAGGAAUCGGGGUGGAAUUGCUGCUUUUGCCAGAAAAAACUAUCGAAUGAAGAGCUACAAGAACAAAGCCCUGAACCCCGAGGAGAUGCGCAGGAGGAGAGAGGAGGAGGGGAUCCAGCUUCGAAAACAGAAACGGGAGCAGCAGCUCUUCAAAAGAAGGAAUGUGGAGCUGAUCAAUGAAGAUGACUCCAUGUUUGACAGUCUCCUGGUGGAUUCCUACGUCACUUCCACAACGUGUGGGGAGGGAUUGAUCACAGGAGAGAUGGUGGAGAUGCUUUUCUCAGAUGACCCUGACCUACAGCUAGCAACCACUCAGAAAUUCAGGAAAUUACUCUCCAAAGAGCCAAAUCCUCCAAUAGAUGAGGUGAUAAACACUCAGGGAGUGGUGGAGAGGUUCGUGGAAUUCCUGAAAAGAAGUGAAAAUUGCACAUUACAGUUUGAGGCUGCGUGGGCCCUGACAAACAUCGCCUCGGGCACCUCCCAACAAACCAAAAUUGUCAUUGAGGCUGGGGCAGUUCCCAUCUUUAUAGAGCUCCUAAACUCUGACUUUGAGGAUGUUCAGGAGCAGGCUGUCUGGGCGUUGGGGAACAUUGCUGGAGACAGCUCUGUGUGCAGGGAUUAUGUCCUGAACUGUGCCAUUCUUCCUCCCCUGUUAAUGCUCCUCACCACGUCCACCAGGCUGACAAUGACACGAAACGCUGUCUGGGCCUUGUCAAACCUGUGCAGAGGGAAGAGUCCACCUCCUGAAUUUGAGAAGGUGUCUCCCUGCCUGCCAGUGUUGUCCCGAUUGUUGUUCAACAGUGACUCUGACCUGCUGGCAGACGCGUGCUGGGCUCUGUCCUACCUGUCCGAUGGUCCCAACGAGAAGAUCCAGGCUGUGGUGGACUCGGGGGUGUGCAGGAGGCUGGUGGAGCUCUUGAUGCACAAUGAUUACAAAGUGGCCUCUCCAGCUCUUCGGGCAGUUGGCAACAUCGUGACAGGGGAUGACAUCCAGACCCAGGUGAUUCUAAACUGCUCAGCCCUGCCUUGCCUCCUCCAUUUAUUGAGCAGUCCCAAGGAAUCCAUCAGGAAAGAGGCGUGCUGGACCAUAUCCAACAUCACAGCAGGCAACAGAGCACAAAUCCAGGCAGUGAUUGAUGCCAACAUCUUCCCGGUGCUGAUCGAAAUCCUGCAGAAGGCGGAAUUCCGCACGAGGAAAGAGGCAGCCUGGGCCAUCACCAACGCCACCUCAGGAGGGACCCCUGAGCAGAUCAGGUACCUGGUGAAUUUGGGUUGUAUCAAACCUCUGUGUGACCUGCUGACUGUCAUGGACUCCAAGAUUGUUCUGGUGGCCUUGAAUGGGCUGGAAAACAUCCUGAGACUGGGAGAGCAGGAAGCCAACCAGAGUGGGACUGGCAUCAACCCCUACUGCAGCCUGAUUGAGGAGGCCUAUGGUUUGGAUAAAAUAGAGUUCCUCCAGAGCCAUGAGAACCAGGAGAUCUACCAGAAAGCCUUUGAUUUGAUCGAGCACUACUUCGGGGUGGAGGAGGACGCGGCCGUGGCCCCGCAGGUGGACGAGAACCAGCAGCAAUACAUCUUCCAGCAGCCCGAGGCUCCCAUGGAGGGAUUCCAGCUAUAAUCCCGGGGAAAAACCGACCAGAAACCAAAAACCCACCACAAACUUUCUGGAAAGUUUGGGCGAGCAGCUGCUGGUGCAGGCUGGGAGGUUGGACACUCACUGCUCCCGUCUGGGAAACUGCGAGCGCUCCUGGGGAGCAGGGGAGCUCUGCUCCUCCCCUGGGCUGCUGCUCCCCUUGGCUUCGGGGGCAGGAGGGACACGGAGGGGGCAGGUGGCACCUCCUGCUGCCUUCUUCUUUGUGGUGGUGUCUCCCCAGUGCAGUUUUUACCUCGGGUACCCCAGCCUGGGCUCGGGUGAGGACACGGAGAGGAGGGAGCUGUUCUGGCCACAGUAAUUCUGCAAACCUGGCUUCAUCUAUUUAAAUUCCCUUUUUUGGGUUUUUUUUUCUUUUUCUUUUUUUUUUUUUUUUUUUUUUUUUGCACAUGUUACUCUUUAUUAAAGACUCGUUAAUAUGCCAAGAGCAAAAUUCAGCCCUGGCCUUCCUCCUUCAGGUGGACAGUCCUGGUGAAGCCAGGACCAGUUCCCUGAUGAAAAAUACUGAAAAAGGACAGAAAAAUGAGAAGUUCUCUCACUGCUGGGAAGUUGUUUUUUUUUUUUUUUUUUUUUUUUCCUGCUGCUUCCCUUUGUCUAGUUUUUUUUUUGGUUUUGUUUUUUUUUUUUUUUGAAGAACUGCUAGUGGUAUUUCCAAGGAUUAAAAGCAAAAAAAAAAGCAACAAGAGCCCAAAGAUGGGAACUGGGGUAGAUUUUUUUGGAGCAGGAAGCACAGCUGCUGUUGCACAGGUUUGGUUUGCGUUGUACUGACUGAUCUCAGAGCUCUGAAAUGCUGAAACCCAACUGCAUCUUUA